AUGGCGCAUGCCCAGGAUUCCCAAGAACCCCAUAAACGGAAACGGGACGCAGACGACAGCGGCAGCCAGCCGGCUCAUUCUGAUCGCAUUCCCCAGCCUCCUCCGCCUCAGUCAGGCAAUUCUUCCAUCAUCAACUAUCUCUCCAAAGCCAGUCCCGGCAAGCUCAGGCUCAUCCAGGGCGAGCCUGACACUUUUUCCGAUGUUCUCGGCCUAUUGAAUCAGUAUGAAGGGGUUCUCAACAGACACGAGAGUCUCGCCGCCAAUUUGGGCGCCAAAUUGACGGGCCCUCGCCUCCUCAAGGCCAUGGAAGGCGCCUUCGAGGGUCCCAUCAUCACCAAUCCGCCGACCGCCUACGGCGCAGCACCCGUGAGCUGGAUCGACAUUGUCUCCUUCGCCAAGACCAACCCGGAGAAGUUUGUCCUCACCACCGGUCAUGACGGCGAGCGCACGUGUCAGUUUUACUUGGGCGGAGUGCAGGUCCAGAUCUUGGAGGACGACUGGCGUCUCAUCAUGAACGGCGCGCUAGACAGGUUUUCCAUCGUCUCAACGGCCCCUCUGGAAGAGGACGAGACGGCAGAGGUGGCUACUCUGGAAAUCGUGGAGCAGCGGCUGCAGGUGCUCAUCAAGAAAGCCGAUGAAAUCGCCAAGAGGGCGCGCCAACUCAACUAUCAUCUGAGCGGUCGGAAAGCUGGCAUCAACUCGCGCCAUGGUGGCCAACAACCGGGGGGCUCUACGUUUCCAUCCGUCAAUCAUCCCCAGCGCCACGUCGGCAGCCACGGCUCUGGCUACGACCUCCAUGCAGACCUUCUUCAGCAAUUCGUCUCGUCCUCCUCCCAGGGCUAUCCUCCCCGGGCUCCGUCCAACGCCGGCCUCGAAAUCCAUUCUGGUCAACACACACCGCCCGCUACAAAUCCUCACCCACAUUCGCUCCCUCUCCAAGGUCGCCCUGUUGUCGCAACACAUGCGCCCGUAAUACCGCAGCGGGACUCAUCAUACGACCCCUCGUCAGCACACAGAGGUAUCAUCACCGCACGCAUCGAGAAGUUGAGUAAGGGGGAUCAGAUCUGGCCUCCGUGCGAUCGCUGCCGUCGGCUCAAGUCACCUUGCGUGAAGCACCUGACGGCUUGUCAAGGUUGCACCAAGAAACACGCGAAAUGCGGAUGGAAAACCAUCACCGAAGAAGAAAUCGCCUGGCUCAACCGCGACGCUAGCAGCAGUGCCGACGAGGCACAUAUGGAGCCAAACCCAACAAACCCUCCACCGCGGGGGACAUUACGAUACGACCCUACUCAAGACGACGGCCGAUCCAAUGAGGAACCGCCACCGUCGGCCAGUCUGAUGCCGGGGGAGAUUUCUCGACCGGCCAGCCGAGGCCAGCAGAGCCACCAAAGUCACCAGAGCCACCAGAGUCAUCAAAGCCAGCCGGGGCACCGUCAGCGAUCGCCUAUGGAACCCGGCUCUCGUAGUCGAACGAGUAGUUUCAUGGACGUCGAACACGAGCCGCCGCCCAGCCUCAAGCCGUGGAUGCCAGAGCCGAAUCGAGGAGAUCAGCUUCCUCCUUUGAAGAGGGACCAUCUGUUGCUGAGCCACAUGGCAUCAGCUGCCACGGCGGCAGCAGAUGCCCGAGAUGCCAGCGGGACGCCAGCAGGUAAUCUUGCUGGGCGGUAG